AUGUAUGGAAAGUCAUCAACAGCGUGGGUUGUUCCAGGGGUAGGCUUGUUUUUUUGUUUUUAUUUUUUAAUUAUGAGUCAUUGCAUCCCCUACCAGCUGUUAACCCAUCACUUUGAGGGGGGAAGAAAUGUUGCAUUGCUGUUUGUAAGCUUUUUUAUUAUUUUUUUAAUUAUAAUUAUUGAAGGUCUGACUUUCUCCUCUCAUCACUGUGAGACUACAGAUCUAUUUGAAUCAUAUGUAACAUUGAAAGGACUUAUUUGUUGCUUCUGUGCAGUUUCAGUAUUGGGGUGGGAGGGAGGGUUGGGAAUAGGAAUUGGAGCGGCUGCUGAGUUCCUGUGA